CAACUUAAUUUCUUUGACCUCACCAUUUGUGCGAAAAUGCGAAAUGGUUACGAGCAAAACCUCACAGGUUUAUGUGAACGAAGAUUCAGAUAUUCAUGCUGUUCUGUAUACAGAUUUAGAGAGGAGUUGAUCGAUACUUUACUAUGCCGAGUAGUAACGUGUUAAUCGUUUUUAAAGAAUCGAGGAGGAUCACGCAGAAUUGCUUCUAAUUCAUUUUAAUUGACGUAAUAUGAAUCGAUUUGGAGUUCUAAAACUUACAUCCUCAAUAGUCAAUGUAACAGCGGUUUUGCAUCGAACUAAUUGGGUACAAUAUUCCCAAGAAAAGUAGGUUGAACCUUUCAAGUAGAACAACAUACAGAUUUAGAAGGUUUGUUGAUCUUUUCAUUUUCCGAAUUCAAGCAUUCCGAUUCGUAUCGCUAUUUGGAGAUGCUAGUAAAAUGUCGACUCAAUUAACCAAGUUUUACUGUACAACUGCGCAUGUUAUAUGUCAUUAAAUUAUACGUUCCGUUCAUAGAGCUAGAUGUUGUAGCGAUUAGGUCUGAUCAGCCAUGAAAAUAAUUGUAGCAGGAUUCCCUAAAACAGGGACAAAGUCAAUGGAUGAAGCGUUGACACAGCUUGGGUACAAAGUUUAUGGGCACACCGAAAAUUUACUUAUAUUGGAAAAAGAAUGGACCAAGGUCUUCUACGAAGGUGCAACAAUAGAAGAUUUUCGAAAAAUGUACGAGGACGUUGACGCGGUGUCGGACAUACCCGCAUGUUAUUUCUGGGAAGAAAUUUUGUGGGCUUUUCCUGACUCAAAGAUAAUAUUCAUGAGAAGAAAAAACGAGGAUGAAUGGUUUAACAGUUUGAAAAAUCAAAUAGAAAAUUUUCAUAAGAAUUUUGCAAUAAGACUGUUGAAAACUACUUCUCCAACUCAGUGGAGAAUAGAAAAAAACGUUGCUUCUCCAACAGCGCGUUUGGCUCUGGGCUAUGUUCCACCGGCAAUAUGGUCGAACAACAUUCGAAUCAACGAAGCUUUAGCAAAAAAAAAAUACAGAGCUCACAAUGCACACGUUCUUCAGAACGCACCUAAGGAUCAACUGCUAAUAUAUAACGUUUCUGAAGGCUGGGAACCUCUGUGUGCAUUUUUGAAAGUUCCUGUUCCCAACUCUCCAUUUCCACAUAAAAACGUGAGAGGCAAUAUUAGCAAGGAAUGGUUGGCAACAGAUCCAUUGUUGAUAAAAAUGCAACGUGAAAUGUAUUUUUCAAUUUCAGCAGCCGCAAUUUUAUUGUCUUAUGGUAUUUAUAAAGUUGUAAAGAAUCCUCCAUCAGCGGCAUUGUCUUCAGGUUACACUUGGUUAAAAGAUGCAUUUAUAAACUUGUUGUCUAAGAGUGGAAUAAAAAUGUAUUAGUAUUCAAUGAUUCUCAAUGAUUCACAAGAUUCUACUUCUAAAAAUAUAUGAACAAUCAAAACAAGUAAUAUACUAUGUUGGUAACUGCACAGUUGUGCAUACUGCAUACGACAGUACAGGCUAUAGAUUUAUAGCUUUUUGUAGAAUAGUAAAUGAUGAAUAUUUAAUUAACUGAUUAUAAUUUAAUAUUCAUUUUCUGUGAAAUAGAAUCGUAUUAAAGCAUCAUUGUAAUGUAAACUCGCGAAUCGCGAUGGCUAGCUUCAGUCUUUUAAGUUUGG